UCCGAGUGAAAUCGGCACACGGACCCGACGUGGGAUAACCACAACAAACCUCUUUCCUGGAGGGUGUAACACCAUCACUAGCAAAAUUUCCCUCUCUGCUCUCCUCUUUUUCUUCUCACAACCCUAACAUCUUUACCGCAAUUCUCAUCACUCACUUUCUCUACCACCUUCCACGUCGUUUCGUUCCAUCCCAACAAACCCUAAACCUUUCGUCAAACACAGAAAACUCUGCAAAAAACAGCAGAGACGCUUCAUUCUCCUUCUGAUUCCACGAUGGAGCCUCCCGUUGUGAGAUCUAGAGGUCGCCCGCGUAAACGGAGAAGAGAAGAGGACGGAACUGUCGCCGGCGAUCCGAAAACGUUUCCUGAGGCGAAGAAGGCGCCUCCGGUUGCACUGGUUGGUCGAUACGUGCUGAAAGAGUUCCGCGGGAACACGGUUCUUCUCGGCAAAGUCGUCCGCUACGAGAGCGGGUUGUACAGAGUCGUGUACGAGAGUGGCGGAUUCGAGGACUUAGAUAGCAUCGCGAUUCGUAGGAUACUUCUCCUUGAUAGCUAUUUCGACGAUGAUUUAAUUCGGAGGAAAGGCGAAUUGGAGGAGUCGGUGUUGCCGAAGAUUGCGGAGGUACGGGAGAGAGGUUCGAGCGAAUUGCACGGCGAUUUAUUGGUUGAGAGCGAAGAAGAACGAGAUGAAACGGACGACGAGUCGUGCAGCGAGGCUAGGGAUUUGAGUUCCGAUUCCGAAACGCCGAUACCGUCUGCACCCACGCUGCCGCCUUCUUCUGGAACAAUUGGCGUUCCGGAAUCUUGCGUUCUGAAUCUCCUUUCAGUGUACGGAUUCCUGCGGUCGUUUAGCAUUCGUCUGUUUCUCAGUCCUUUUACUUUAGACGAGUUUGUCGGUGCUUUGAACUGUAAAGUUUCUAACACGUUGCUUGAUGCAAUUCACAUUUCGCUGAUGCGUGUUUUGAGACGUCACCUUGAAAACAUUUCACCAGAUGGUUCGCGGCGUGCAACAAAAUGCCUUAGGUGCAUUGAUUGGAGUCUCCUUGAUGCUUUGACUUGGCCUGUUUUUACGUUUCAGUAUUUAGCAAUUUAUGGUUACACAAAGGGACCUGAGUGGAAAGGAUUUUAUAAUGAAAUUUUUCAUGGCGAGUACUAUUUAUUGUCUGCAAGUAGGAAACUGAUGAUUUUGCAAAUUCUCUGUGAUGAUGUUCUGGCAUCUGAGGAGUUUAAAGCUGAAAUGAACAUGCGUGAAGAAUCAGAGGUUGGGAUUGAUUAUGAUAAUGAAGAUAGCCUUCCUACUGAAAUUGGGCCCAGAAGAGUUCAUCCAAGAUAUUCCAAAACUACUGCCUGCAAGGAUAGUGAAACUAAGAAGUAUGUUUCAGAAUUGAAUGCCGAGGAUGUCGAUGGCAAUGGAGAUGAAUGCCGCUUGUGUGGCAUGGAUGGAACCUUACUUUGUUGUGAUGGUUGUCCUGCAGUUUAUCAUUCAAGGUGUAUUGGUGUGAUGAAAAUGCAUAUACCGGAUGGGGAAUGGUAUUGUCCAGAGUGCAAAAUAAAUAUGAUUGGGCCUUCUAUUGCACGGGGAACAUCACUGAAAGGGGCUGAAGUAUUUGGAAAGGAUUUGUAUGGGCAAGUUUUCAUGGGCACAUGCGACCACUUACUGGUACUCGAUGUCAACCGUGAUGAAUUUUGUCUUAAGUACUACAAUCAGAAUGACAUUCCUGAAGUUCUCCAAGUCCUUACUGCAUCUGAGCAACUUAGACCUAUAUACAAUGGCAUUUGCAUGGCAAUGUUAGAGUAUUGGAAAAUUCCAGAAAACUUCUUAUCCAUUUGUGUCACAAGUGUACCGAAAGUAAACUUAACAAAUUCAAAUACAGACGUGUUACUUUCUCCCAUGAUUGAAGAAAAGAAUCAAGCUGUAAGUUCAGUGAAGGCAGAAUACAGUUUAACAUUUUCAAAUGGAAUUUGUAGUGAUAAUUUGGAACCAUCUCUUGAUGCUUCUUUGGUUACAAGUUGUGGUCCUGCUCCUGGAAGCAGGUACAAUACGAGAACUACUGUGAAUUUGAAGCUUUGUGAGGAAACUGCAAUGAAUUCGACAUUUUCAAUUGUUAACCAUCAGUUCAAUCCCAAGUUUGAAAAUUCUGUUAAUAAGUCAACUGCAGUCAGCCCUGCUAAGUGCACCUUUGUAAACAACCAAUUUAAUAAUUAUGGGCACACAAAUGACUCAAGGCUGCCUAUGAAUUUGUCUUUGCAAUCUAAAGGUGACCAAUCUGGUUUUGGAAAGUGCAAAGGCAGUUUGACUAAGGAUUUUAUGUACACUGGUUUCUCCUAUAAACCACAGUCAUAUAUUAAUUGCUAUAUGCAUGGUGAUUUUGCGGCAUCUGCUGCUGCUAACCUGGCCGUUCUUUCUUCUGAGGAUUCCAGAUCAGAGGGUCAUGUGUCUGAUAACUUGGGCAAAGCAACAUCUGGAAACACUUAUUUGCUUGCAAAAGCAUUCUCCCAAACAGCUUCACGCUUCUUUUGGCCAAGUUCUGAAAAGAAGCUUAUAGAGGUUCCAAGAGAGAGGUGUGGUUGGUGCCUUUCUUGUAAAGCCCUUAUUUCGAGCAAGAAAGGAUGCAUGUUAAAUCAUGCUGCUCUAAGUGCCACCAAAAAUGCAAUGAAAAUCCUUUCUGGUCUUGCUCCAGUAAGGAUUGGAGAAGGAAUCAUCCCUAGCAUUGCAACUUAUGUUAUAUACAUGGAGGAAAGUUUACGCGGUUUAAUAGUUGGGCCCUUUAUAAGUGAAUGUUAUAGAAGGCAUUGGCGUAAACAAGUGGAACGGGCCACAUCAUUUAGUGAUAUAAAACCUCUUCUACUCAAACUCGAGGAGAACAUUCGAACAAUUGCUUUUUGUGGGGACUGGGUGAAGUUGAUGGAUGAUUGGUUAGCUGAAUUUUCUACAAUCCAAAGUGCUGCAGUUACUCUUGGAACUACACAGAAAGGUGCAACAUGUGGGAGGCGUAAGAAACAGUUAUCUAUCAACAAAGUUACAGCCGGUGCUUGUCCUCAAAAUUUUGUUUGGUGGCAUGGCGGGAAAUUUUCCAAAUCUGUAUUCCAGAAAGCUGUUUUGCCAAAAACCAUGGCCAGAAAAGCAGCCCGACAAGGUGGUUCGAGGAAAAUUUCUGGCAUAUUAUAUGCUGAUGGCUCUGAGAUUCCUAAAAGAAGCAGACAGGUUGUUUGGAGAGCAGCAGUUCAAAUUAGUAGGAAUGCAACCCAGUUGGCCCUUCAGGUUCGAUAUCUAGAUUUUCAUAUCAGAUGGAAUGAUCUGAUUCGUCCCGAGCACAACCUCCUAGAUGUGAAAGGUCAAGAUACUGAAGCAUCUGCUUUUAGGAAUGCAAAUAUUCAUGAAAAAAGAAUUGUGGAGGGCAAAAUUUUGUAUAGAGUAGCCUUUGGAAGCCAAAAACAUCUUCCUUCUCGGGUAAUGAAACAUGUUGAAGUAGAGCGAGGUCCUGAAGGAAAGGAAAAGUUCUGGUUUUCUGAAAAACGGAUUCCUUUAUAUUUGGUAAAAGAGUAUGAAAUGCGUAAUGGAAAAAUGCUAUCUGAUAAAGAGUACAUGUACAUUACAUCUCAGUUGCACAAAAGGCAGUUGAAAGCUACUUACAAGGACAUUUUUUUUUACCUUACCUGCAAGAGAGACAAAUUGAACAUGCUAUCAUGCUCUGUUUGUCAGCUGGGUGUUUUAAUUGGGAAUGCUCUCAAGUGCAGUGCCUGUCAAGGUUAUUGUCACACGGGUUGUUCAGUGAGUUCAACUGUCUCUACAUGUGAAGAAGUUGAGUUCUUGGCCACAUGCAAACAAUGUCAUCAUGCCAAAUUACUUACUCAAAAAGAGUCUUGUAAUGAGUCUCCAACCAGUCCCUUACUCUUAGAAGGACAAGAACAAAGCACUUCAGCAGUUCUGAAGGGAUCAGGGCCUAAAUGUGAUGGUCAAGAAUUGAUGUCUUCUAGGACAAAGAAUAGUCGAUCUGACACAAAACGAUUUGCUUCUGAUUUCUCUUUGGAAACAAAAGGCCGUAGCAGAAAUUGUUCUUGGGGUAUUAUAUGGAAAAAGAAGAACAACGAAGAUACGGGCUUUGAUUUCAGGCUCAAGAACAUUCUUUUAAAAGGAGGUUCAGGCCUGCCUCAAUUGGAACCUGUUUGUCGCUUGUGCCAAAAACCUUAUAAUUCUGAUCUAAUGUAUAUCUGUUGUGAAACAUGUAAACAUUGGUACCAUGCUGAAGCUGUGGAACUUGAAGAGUCCAGACUGUUUGAUGUGCUGGGCUUCAAAUGUUGCAAGUGUCGCAGGAUAAAGUCGCCUGUAUGUCCUUUCUCUGAUUUGAGUUACAGGACUCAAGAGGACAAGAGGUCUUCAAGGGCUUCAAAGAAAGAUUACUUUGGGGGAGAUUCUGAUUCUGGUACACCUAUUGACAGGAGCACAUGUGAGCCUGCAACUCCUAUCUGUCCUGCAGUGGAUUUCUCUAGACAAGACAAUGAUCCUCUGCUGUUCUCCCUUUCAAGUGUUGAGCUUCUUGCAGAACCCGAGUUAGAUGCAAAUUGUGUGGGCAAUACUGUCUCUGGGCCAGGACUUCCUAAGAUAUCUAAACGUGAGAGGGAGAAUAAUGGUUCUUUUAGAGGUAAUCUUCACGCUGAGUUCUCAACCAGCAAUGAGAUGCUUUCCAAAUCAGUAAAAGAUUUAUCCCCUUCUGUCGAAGAUGCCUCUGCUAACUGCAGUCUUCUGAAGGACCCCGAAAUUGUAAAUUAUCAUGAGUUCGUGGAUUUUGAACCUCAUACCUACUUCUCACUGACUGAACUGCUCCACUCUGAUGAGAAUAUUCAAUCUGAGGAAGCUGACGCUUCUCGGGUCUUCUCGGGUUGUUUGAAAAAUUCUUCUUGUGUUCCCGAAGGAUGCGGAACUGUUAAUUUAGCAUCCAACUGUGAGCCUACAAAUUUGUUACAAGGAAAUGUUUAUAGUUGUCAGCAAUGUUCACAAAAGGAACCGCUCCCUGAUCUCCAUUGUGAGAUUUGUAGGAUUUGGAUUCAUAGGCAGUGUUCACCUUGGGUGGAAUCACCAUCUCGGCUUGCAAGUUGGAGAUGUGGUGAUUGCCGGGAAUGGCGAUAGCAGAUUUUGUUUGUCAUCCUUUCCAGUGAGAGUUCUAUUGGGCGGUAAUUGCCAGGAAUGGCGCUAGCAUACAAAUUUUGACUGCCAAUUUUAGUAUUAGUCAUACGAGCUGGGUCAGUAUGUUUGUGUGCAUUGAUUUGUUCGGGUGUACACGAGUUGAAUGAAUUGCCGCGGGACUUCUUGUGCCACUUUAGAGUUUAAUUCAUCUACAGGUCACUAUGGAUUUUGUUACCUGCGACUGAGAUGGUCCUUGAGUAAUUUUGACAUCCGAUACAUGUUUACAACCCGUGAACCAUUCGGUUGAAUGUUCUGGGAGCCAUAUCGGUUUAGAUUACUCAAUAAUUCCAUUUCCUCCCACUCACUUCUAUUACUGGAUUCAUGGGAGAUAAGCAUGUUUUUGUGUUGCUUAUCUGACAGGAUUAUUUGUAUAGAUUGGAUUCUCAUUUUUUUGGAGGUCGGUCAAAAAGUGAAGCCUUCUCCUCUUGAUCUUUAAGCUCAAACCGUAAGAUGCCUAGAGAGCUACCUUUCCCUGGCCUCAUCAAUAGUCAUUCUUUAUACACCCUCUGCACUGUACAAUCGUUUUCAUUCAGCUUCCCUAGGCGCUUUAGGAUUUCAUAACCUUUUCCAAGAUUAUGCUACUAUACUAAUCAAAGAAAUAUAGGCUUUGC